AAGAAAAGAACAACCCUUAUCUCUAAUGUUUAAAAAAAUAGCCUUAUCUCUAUGAUUAUCAACUACUCGGUGAAUAUUUAAUUGAAUAUAUAUAGAUAAUAUAUAUCAGCAGCCAGCCAGCCAGUAAGAACAUCAGCAUUUGAUCAGCUUAAAGUCAUCAUCAGAUUAGUAUCAUAAAAUUGUACUAGCGACAGAGAUCAACCUAGAGCUCCAAGCCUUGCAAGGCCCGUAAUCAAUUCAGUCCGAUGUUGUUUGCUGUAUUUCUUCUGUUAGCUUCGUUGGAUGUUAUCAAGUCACAGUUUUUGGUUAAGACGUUGCCAGGCUUGGAUGGUGAUCUUCCAUUCACACUUGAAACUGGUUACAUCGGGGUAGGAGAGUCUGAAGACGUGCAGCUAUUUUACUACUUCAUUGAGUCUGAAGGAAACCCAGAAGAUGACCCUCUUUUGAUAUGGCUAACUGGAGGCCCUGGUUGUUCUUCUCUCUCUGGACUUAUGUUUGAAAUAGGCCCGUUCACUAUUAACUAUGCAAUCUCCAGUCUAGAGAAUCCGAUACUUGAGUUAGUUCCUGAUAGUUGGACAAAGGUGGCCAAUAUUAUAUUUCUCGAUCAGCCAGCAGGGUCUGGAUAUUCCUUUGCAAAAACUCCAGAAACUUACAUAACGAAUGAUACAUUAUCGUCAAAGCUGGCUUACAGUUUUCUGAGGAAGUGGCUUGGGGAUCAUCCUAAAUUUCUCAGCAAUCCAUUGUAUAUUGGUGGUGAUUCCUACGGUGGCAUAAUGGUGCCACUGAUCGUUCAAGAAAUCUAUAACGGAAAUGAUAUUGGUGAAGAGCCACCGCUGAACAUCAAGGGGUAUACGGUCGGUAAUCCUUUCACAGAUAUAAGUGGAGACUAUAAUUCAAGAAUCCCAUUCGCUCAUCAUAUGGCACUCUUAUCAGAUGCAAUCUACAAGUCUGCUAAAGAAAAUUGCGGUGGAGAGUACUUGAAUGUAGAUCCCAACAACAGUCUGUGCAUACAUGCUCUUCAAGCGGUAGAUAAGUGUCUUGAACGAAUUAACAUUAACCAGAUUCUAGAGCCUGUUUGUGAUACUUCAUAUACAUUAAAAUCCAAUCUCUCCAGAAGGGGCUUAAGAGGUCUUGACAAGACCUCUAUGGAUACUUGGUCGUUACCUCAAGUUCAGAAACGAUGGUGUCGAGAUGACAAGAAUGAAUACACAGCUGCUUGGGCUAAUAGAAAAGAUGUGCGAGAAGCUCUUCACAUCCAUGAGGAAUUCAACAAUAUCAAAUGGGUUCGAUGCAACGAAAGCUUGGAAUUUGAUAUUUCCAAGGAAACCCCAUCUUAUACACACAAUGUCAUGAGUGUUGUUGGCUAUCAUAAAGAGUUAGCUGAUAAAAAAUGCCGAGCUCUUGUAUAUAGUGGAGAUCAUGACAUGGCUGUCCCACAUUUGGGUACCUUGAACUGGAUUCAAUCGCUAAACUUGCCAGUCGUAGAUGAUUGGAGACCCUGGUUUGUUGAUGAACAAGUAGCAGGAUACACCAUGAAAUACAUGAAUAGCGCCGAUCAAAGCUUAAUAUUUGCUACUGUAAAGGGAGGAGGUCACACAGCUGCAGAAUUCAAACCUAAAGAAUGUUUGAACAUGUUUAUGAGGUGGCUUGCCAAUGAUACUUUGUAACCGACCACUGUCUGUUGAGUUUGAUGUUUAUUUGUGAUGUUGUAUGUAAUCUAUGUAUUCAUCAUAUAUAUGUUUGUAUUUGUGUAUUGAUUCAUUGAUUGUGAUUUGUGAAAAAUAAUUAAUAAUUUGAGAGGUUGAAAACGAA